AUGUCGUUCACAGGCGAGGAAUUCAAGAACGUGGGCACUCAGGGCAUGAACGCCUAUGCCGCGCCCUCUCUCUUCCAACCUCACAAGGCCCGCCAGGCCAUCCGCGAUGCUCACGCGAAGAAGAUCCCCCCAUUGAUGUGCUACUACGCCGGCCUCAGCUCUCUUCCGAUCACGCGGUUCCUGGCCCCUAUGGGAUAUGAUGCCGUCUGGAUCGACUGGGAGCACACUUCUUGCAAUGUUGAGACCAUGACGUCGAUGGUUCACGAGGCCAUCUUCAUGAGCCAGGGCCGUACCAUUCCCUGGGUCCGUGUUCCCGGCCACGACCACGCUGCCAUCGGCUAUGCCCUUGACUGCGGUGCCAGCAUCGUCGUCCCCCAAGUCGAGACAGUUGAGCAGGCCAAGCACGUCCUUUCCGCCGCCAAGUACGGCACCAAGCAGAACGGCACCCGCUCCGCGCCCCCGUUCCGUCUCAUCCCCUUCCUUACCGACACCCCCUACGACCCCAACAGCGACAUUCACAAGUGCGUGAACAACCAGGCCGCCGUCAUGAUCCAGAUCGAGACCGCCGAGGGUGUUCGCAACCUCGAUGCCAUCCUCACCGAGUGCCCCGACAUCGACGUCGUCUGGCUGGGCUCUCUCGAUGCCCGUGUCAGCAUGAACCUGCCCGCCAACAUGGGCGGCCCGCAGGACGAGCCCGAGUGGCUCGAGAUUAAGAAGCUCUUCUUCGAGACCAUCGACAAGCACGACAAGCCCUACGCCGGCUUUGCGUUUUCGAGCCCGCCGUACGGCAGCCCCGAGGCCCUCAAGGAGGCGGCGAAGCGCAUGAGUCUCAUCACCAUGUCCGCAGACGUGCUGCACCUCGGCAUGAUGGCGAUGGACUUGCAGCAGGCCAGAGCGACUGUCGGACCUGUGGGACAGGAGAACGGUACGAACGGGAAGAAGAAGGAGAACGGAGAGAACGGAGAAAAUGGCAAGUAA